CUCACCUUUGAUCCUAACUUCUCUCUCCUUCAUAUCCUUCGUCUUCUCUCUCCUUUCACCGACUCACAAACUCGCCUUGUGUGGUCUCUGAUUCUAUCUGACUCACACUAACCGCAAUCACCGUCCGAUCCGAUCAUGUCUCGUGCCUGCCCUGCUACAGACUCCGUUGCUUCCGGCGAAAUCAUGCUGUUUGGGGUUAGAGUAGUAGUCGAUUCCAUGAGGAAGAGCGUCAGCAUGAACAACCUCUCACAGUACGAGCAUCCGCACGAUGCUAACAACCACAAAGAUAACAAAGAUGUUCUCGCAGUUGGUUAUGCAUCAGCCGAAGACGCCGUUCCUCAUAACACCGGCCGCCACCGCGAGCGGGAGCGGAAGCGAGGCGUUCCGUGGACGGAGGAAGAGCACAAACUGUUUUUGGUUGGGUUGCAGAAGGUAGGGAAAGGUGAUUGGAGAGGAAUAUCCAAAAACUACGUGAAAACGCGAACUCCGACUCAGGUUGCGAGCCAUGCUCAGAAAUACUUUCUCCGAAGAAGCAACCUGAAUCGUCGUCGCCGUAGAUCCAGCCUAUUUGACAUCACCACCGACACGGUCUCUGCAAUUCCGAUGGAGGAAGAACAGGUCCAGAAUCAAGACACCCUGUUUCAUUCACAACCAGUGUGCACAGCAGUUUCCGAAACUAGCAAAAGUGGAAUUCCAAUGAUGCCAGUUUAUCAGUUUGGGAUUGGUUCUGGGACUAUUGUAGUCCAAGGUGGGAAACCAUUAGAAGAACUGACUCUGGGGCAAGGAAACACAGAGCACAAUGUGCCAAUCAAUCUGGUCCGUGCAAUUCCUGUUAUUGCAGAUCCUAAAGCAUCCACAGUGUCUGAUAUCAUCACCCCAAGUUCUAGUUCUGCUGUUGACCCACCCACACUGUCCUUGGGGCUAACCUUCUCUUCUGACCAAAGGCAAACAUCAUCAAGACAUUCUGCUUUACAUGCCAUGCCAUGUUUCAGCAAUGGAGAUAGCAUCAUUAGUGUUGCUUAAGAAAGAUGACUCGUGAUUGUGUCAAGGUCCUUGUCUAGAGUAUCUUGGAUUCACAGGUUAAUAUGAUAUGUUCAUCUCUAGUCUCCUGUCCUUUUGGUAGGGGAAAAAGUGAGAGAUGUUGAAGGAAAGGGCGAUGGAUUUAAGAAGGCAAGUUUUAAGUGACUGAAUUUGAUCCUUCUAUUCCUUGUACAGAUCCGGGAAAGGUCCUGUCCUGUUUCUUCUUGUUUGCUUAUGUUAAUUAAUGUAUGACUUUAGAUUCUGGUUUAUUUGGUCAUUUAUGUCUGUAGUUGAUGUAACUGAAAAUAACAAAAUCCUCUGUUUUUUACUGAUAAUGCAUUAAUAGUUGGAUAUGGACCGCACAGA